GAGAAGGGAGAGGUUGGGGAGAUGGAUCCGAAAGACUCAGAAACCGCUAGGGACUUUCACCUGGGACCCCGGCAGGGCCCAGGAAGGGCAGGUGCGGAUGCAGAGGGGGCGCCGCACGCCUAAGCCCGAAGACUGAAUGACCGAUCACUCCCGCUUGGCCGUCCGCGGGCGCGCCUGUCUAGGGCACUGCAGGAAAGCCUCGGAGAGCCAGGAGGUGCCAGGGCCCAGACCACUCCUGGAGGGCCCGCCCGAAGCGCUGGAGUCCGUGGGCGCCGCCCGCCUCCGCCCGCAGGCAGAGUUGGGGGCAGGCUUGUCCCACCGACCCCGCGGGAUUGGCCCCGCCCCGGGGCCGCGGGGAGGCCCCACCAUGGGAGGCGGAGUUGCCGCCGCCCCCUCCAAUCCCCUGGACUGCGGCCCCUUCUUAAGCCCGUGAAGCUACAAGCUGCCCCUCUCUCGCCUCUCCCGCCAGGCUCCCUCUCCGCGAUGGCCUCCGCACUGAGCUAUGUCUCCAAGUUCAAGUCCUUCGUGAUCUUGUUCGUCACCCCGAUUCUGCUGCUGCCACUCAUCAUUCUGAUGCCCGCCAAGAUUCUGGACUCCAAACAGGUGUGCGUCCAGUACAUGAAGGACACCAACAUGCUGUUCCUGGGCGGCCUCAUCGUGGCUGUGGCUGUGGAGCACUGGAACCUGCAUAAGAGGAUCGCCCUGCGCACGCUCCUCUGGGUGGGGGCCAAGCCUGCCCAGCUGAUGCUGGGCUUCAUGGGCGUCACGGCCUUUCUCUCCAUGUGGAUCAGCAACACGGCCACCACAGCCAUGAUGGUGCCCCUUGUGGAGGCCGUGCUGCGGCAGAUGGAGGCCAUGAGCGCAGCCACCGAGGCCAGCCUCGGGGCUCUGGAGCUGACAGACAAGGGCAAGGCCGGCGAGCUGCCAGGGAGCCAAGCGAAUUUUGAAGGUCCCUCCAUGAGGCAGCGGGAGGUCGACAGGAAGAACAUAUGCAAGGCCAUGACCCUGUGCGUGUGCUACGCAGCCAGCAUCGGAGGCACUGCCACCCUGACCGGCACGGGACCCAACGUGGUGCUCCUGGGCCAGAUGCAAGAAUUGUUUCCUGACAGCAAAGACGUCGUGAACUUCGCCUCUUGGUUUGGAUUUGCCUUCCCUAAUAUGCUGAUCAUGCUGCUGCUCUCCUGGCUGUGGCUCCGGUUUAUUUACAUGAGAUUCAAUAUUAAAGAGUCCUGGGGCUGCGGGCUGGAGAAGAAGAGUGAGGAGAAGGCUGCCCGCGAGGUGCUGUGGGCGGAGUACAGGAAGCUGGGGCCCCUCUCCUUCGCUGAGGUCAACGUCCUUCUCUGCUUCUUCCUGCUGGUCGGCCUGUGGUUCUCCCGGGACCCCGGCUUCAUGCCCGGCUGGCUGUCAAUCGCCUGGGUGGAGGGCAAGACAAAGUAUGCCUCCGAUGCCACAGUGGCCAUCUUUGUGGCCAUCUUGCUAUUCAUUGUGCCUUCGCAGAAGCCCAAGUUCAACUUCUGCAGCCAGACUGAGGAAGAAAGGAAAACACCAUUUUAUCCGCCUCCGCUGCUGAAUUGGAAGGUGGCCCAGGAGAAAGUACCCUGGGGCAUCGUGCUGCUCCUGGGGGGUGGCUUUGCUCUGGCUAAAGGAUGCGAGGCCUCGGGGCUGUCAGAAUGGAUGGGGAGCCAGAUGGAGCCCUUGCAUGCCGUGUCCCCGGCAGCCAUCACCUUGAUCUUGUCCACACUCAUUGCUGUGCUCACUGAAUGCACAAGCAACGUGGCUACCACCACCCUGUUCCUGCCCAUCUUUGCCUCCAUGUCACGUUCCAUUGGCCUCAACCCGCUGUACAUCAUGAUCCCCUGUACCCUGACUUCAUCCUUUGCCUUCAUGUUGCCCGUGGCCACCCCACCUAAUGCCAUCGUGUUUUCCUAUGGACACCUCAAGGUUUCCGACAUGAUGAAAACAGGACUAAUAAUGAACGUCAUUGGAAUCACCUGUGUAUUUUUGGCUGUCAACACCUGGGGACGGGUCAUAUUUGACUUGGACAGUUUCCCUGACUGGGCUAAUGUGACAGCACACUGAGACUUAGGAAGAGCCGCAAGACCACGCCCAAGGCCCCUGCCCUCCUGAGGACACCCGAACCUUCCAGUACAACUUGUAGCGGAGCUUUGGGGUUCAUGCCCCAAGGUGACCCCACGAUGCCCACACCCCACGGAGACCCAGCCAACGGGCCACCUCUUCCUCCACGCCUGGGGUCUCAGCUGGGGCCGGGUGUCUGGAGGGCAGGCUCGGAAGUGAAGGGAGCCUCCCAUAAGGCUGCUGGCAUCCAUCUUUCCUGAGGGCCUGCCAUCAUCUCUGGGAUGGGCAGGGUCCCACCCCCACUGAGCCUCGAGCUGGCCCCAUGGCUGGGCUCUGGUGUUCUCUCGUCAUCUAAAUGGCAAUCAGAUCCCAGCUCUGGAGGUGGAAAACAACCUUCCAGAGCCUGUGUCUCUCCCAGCUUACCUUGGGCUGCCUCAGACCCCUCCUGUCACUCGGAAGGGACAAUCCAGCCCGGGGACAAAAUGUGUGGUCCUGGGCAGCUUUCCACCGCUGGAGCGAGUGGGAAUCGGAGCCUCCUGGGACCACCAGGAGUACGGUGCCACCGCAAAAGGAUGAGGAAUUUGAGUCGAUAACUUCUGGACAACACCACCCCACUGUCACCCCACUGACGGUUCACUGCUCCAUCUGAACUGACAGUUUGGACCCCCUUCCCAGCUCUGUGGGGCACCUCCUUCAGCUGCUAGGCCCCUCUGUUGUCUGGCCGGCAUUUGCUGGAAUCUGCCCCUUUUCUCCCAGGCAGGUCAGUUUGGCUCUUCCGGGAGAUGCUUUUCCUGCCCCACGACAGCUGGGAUCACACUCCAAGUAUGGGCAGUGAUGGCCUCCUUUGGGGCCACAGGCGGAGGUCUAGGUCCUCCCUCACCUGCAGACCCAGAGGGAAUACCUGUUAACCGCCAAAAGCAGGGUUCCUUCAGGGUUUGUCUGUCAUGCCAGAGUUUGGGGACCUCUGGGGAAAGCCUCCCUCUGCUGACUGGUCUUGGCAGCCUAGCCUGCUGCUGACAGAGCAUCACUGAGAGCAAGCAGUGCCCGGCGGUCCCUGAGCAGACAGCCCCUGCCCAUGGGUGAAUCUACCUGAAGUUGCUGGACAAGGACUCCAGAGUGGACUGGGAGCCCUCAGAACAACCUGUGAGAGACACAUGAGAGGAUCCUAUCCUCCUACCCACCAACCCAAUUUUCUUUCCUUCUUGUGCUGUUCCAUUGAUGGUAUUUUUCAGAGCAGGAGAAAGUCUGGGAACCCAAGGAACCCCCAUGCCCCACCCGAGGACCAAGCAUCCCACCUGGUUCCUUGGGUGGGAUGAUGUCUGAGCGCCCGGUCUGUCUCCCAUGGAAGGUACAUGGCGCUGUCUCUGGCUUUCUGCUGUGUGUGGGGUGGGGGUGGGCAGGCAGGUGGAUGAAUGAACACUUACUGCCCACCUCCAGUGUGCCAGGCCUCCCCGGCCCUGGUGCAUCUGACAGUCAUCUCAUUCAGUCUUUGCAGCAGCCUGCGAGAUAGGCAGGCAUUAUUAACCUCCUCUGUCUUUCAUUAAUACUGGGGCUCAGAGAGGCCACGUCAUGUCCAAAGUCACACAUCAAGUUAGUGGUGGCUAAGGUUCCAAUUCGGAUCUUCCGCUGCCAUGUCCACUGCUGCUUCCUCUAGCCAUUAAGGGCCUUGGCCUUACAGGGACGGUAGGGAAAGGUGGGUGGCCAAGAGCACGUCUAUCCCAAGGCCCUGCCUGCUCAGGGAUCAUUCACAAGAGCCCUUUCUGCUGCCUCUUCUGAGAUGGGCUUAGGUCAGUCCUGGAACAGACAGGGCUGGUCUUUGCCCAGAGAAAUAAAGCCUUUGGUUGGAGAGAGCAGUAUGGAAAUGGCUACCUGCUCCCCUGCCAAGAUAAAACCGACCCACCCCUCUGUCACUGCUCCCUACACUGCUGUUGUUGACGUGUCUGCCCCACCAGUGAGGGCUCCCAAGGACUUGCACUGCCUGCUGGGUCCAGUGCUGGCCCUAUGGCUAAUCCACAGCAGGCCACCACAAGUGUGAUUGGUAAAUAAAUGACUGAUCAGUGUUGUCAAUUA